AUGGCGGUACAGGGCUUCCUUCACGCCUUCGAUAAGAUCGACAAGGAUCAUGAUCACGUAAUCAGUCAUGAGGAUCUACGUGUCUACGCUCAGGAGAACAAUAUGCCUGAAUCUUUUGUCACCGUAAGUGCAUUAGGUCUGCGGUUAUUCAUGUGCCAUAUAGAUAUUUCUAUCCUGUCCGACAUAUUCGGUCCAGCUUAUUCCACCAUCUUAUGCGCUCGAAAGUUAAUUGCUUUUCCUUGUAAGAAAGACAUGAGUUUGGCAGAUGAUUCCGGUUUAAGUUCCAGCUCUAGCUGACCCCCGGGUUCAGUAGCGGCUAGCUGGUAACCCAUAUAUGCCAGAAAGGGCAACUUAAAUACUGCUCCCGACUUUUCGAUCGUCCACGAGGAUUCCAAAGAACAAACUGGCGUUAAUCCCUCUAGCAACCAGUUUGAACUGGUUUUUGCACUAAGUCAACUUUGUUACAUGAUAGCAGCUAUACAUGAGAGAAAAUCUCCUCGUUCGAUCUACACCAGAAUUCAGUUUUUGAUAAAAAACAGAACGAGUAGAUUAGGAGUAUGGCCACAGGUGUUAACAUUCCCGGGAAAUCAGAUGCUACCUUCUUUUACACUCAGAAUAUAUCCAUUUUGCACAGAUAUAUAGUUGAUUUGAAAAGCGAAAGUUAAUUAGAAUUGCAAAGAGAAUGAAAGAAUUCCCCUGAAUAAAUUAAGAAGUGUUACACAGCAGUAGUUGCGAAAGAUGUUACGCGUAACAUUUUCCGCAAUGCAUGUGAAAUAAUUUAGAAAUUUAUAUUCUGACUUUGAGUCUAGUACUCCAUAAACGGAACUUGUGACUGAGGCUUGGCGCUUUAAUCUGUCGCUGAUCAUCAUUGUCCGUUUGAUAUUGUCAUAUUUUUAUCAUCCUAAGCAGACCAAAAAUCAACAAAAGUUCCUACAACUAGUUUCAUCGAUCGACGUGCUCGAUCAUGGUUUUUAGACGUCUACUAUACAGUUAAACAACGAUUGAAAUCUUGUACGUUUUCAAGUCCUAGAAGCAAUAUCGAAGAAAUCUUAGGCAUGAGAAGGAUAGAUAAGGCCUGUAAGUACACGACAGAAGCCCAAACAAAGUGUGAAAAGGCAGUUAAACAAGCCUUAACUGUGUACGUUAUUCUUGAUUAAUAGUUAACACUUUCAGCCUAGUACUGUAGUACGUGAAUACGCUAAUGUUAUUCUGAAAACAUUUGACAAUGGGAUCGAAGGUGAUGUUCGUAAAUUCCUAUGACAGUGCUAUGGCCCAUAAACAGGUCAAUUUUGGGCAUUCAAGGAAAUCAGCAAGCAUUCCUCUCAAACAUUACUCAGAAUUAAAUCGUUUAAUGGGGGCAUCCUAGUACUCGUGUUAGCUUCUAAUUGCCCUCUAGGCUAAAAGGGUGGUGCCAUCUGAAUUAGGUUCAAAAGUAGAGUUCAUCUUUUUUACCUGAUUGCGUAGGAGGAGGAUGAAGUUUCGUCUAAAAAUGUCAGACUCAGUUAUGUUUGUAGGGAUGCUGUAGUAACAAAAAAUAGUCUGAAUUCUUGAUUCGUUCGCUUCCACUUCUUCCGAUGAAUAUGCCAGUAGUCUCAAAGUCACCACGUAGUUUCCCAAAGGCAUAAAAGGAGCUUGAGAGUCCGUUCUACCAUUGAGACACCAACCGGUGUCGAUCACAGGAGUAUACGUUUUUGGAAGUAAAUUUGAGCAUACUUUUGGCCACAAAACCGCCAACUGCUCCAAAACUUUUUCCUCACAUCGCACUUGCUGGUCAAUGUAACCUGCGGAUAAAAGACGGAAAAUUCGCAAAUAUGUCCAGCUGCUCAGUCUUUGACUUAUGAGGGUAGUGCUAAAGAACAUCAUUCUCGUAUUAUUGAAAAAAAAACAGUCAGGGUUCACAUCUGAGAGGCAGAGAAGACGUUUGAUUUAGUACAAACAUGGCUCUUCUGGCACUUAUCUACCGUUAAUAACUCCCGGUAUCAUUGCUUCAUUUCACAAACGUAUUCCUAGCGAGGCGUUUGUACUCCCGGACACCGAAAAGCAUCCCUUUCCCUUUAACUAUCAUCUAUUCGAUUUGAUUAGAGAACGCGUUACAAAUUGGCUUAUAGUUUUUAAGCUUAUCGGUUUAUCUGACCAUUUUUUGCACCAAAACUUUGAAUUGGCGAAUAAAUUGAAUUUACUUUAAUCUGGAUUCCCCGGUGGUCAAAAACCCUUACCGAAAUUGCGGUAAAUUUCAGAAUUCGAUAUCUACAAAGACCGAGUUGUCUGAUAUUAUGCACCUACAUCGCUUUGUUAAUUAAACACUCCCCCUUUACCUCAAGGUACCCAUUAUUAUUUGACCUUUGUUUCGUGUGUUGAGGGAGAAAAAAUAUAACUCUUAAUAUGACGGUGUCAGUAUACUGCUCGAAGAUAGGCCCAGUUAAAGCCGGGGGAAUGUAGAAUAGUUUGUAGGUGCUGUUAAAGUAAUUUUUGCAGUUGUCUUGCCUAUGCGUCGGUAAACCUGCUAGCACCAUUCACUUGUUGCAGACCUUCAACAGUCAGGCUCAGAUGUGGCCAAUGAUAAUCAGAAAGUAACCAUUUGCCAGGAAAUUAUAUGACAUAGUUGGCCUUUCCCUUAUUGUCUUCAAUCAAUUACAUGUAGCUUUGCCUACUCACUCUCAUUGACCUUACAUUACAAAUACAUACGUACCCAAUAGUUGUUUUAAGAUGUUACACUUAUCAGUCUAAUAGAAGAACUACUCAAUUAAGCCAAAACUUGCCCAGUAAGUGUGCAAUAGAAUGUCGUUACAUUACAGUAACCAGUCAAUAUCAGUCCGUCUGGCGGAUCAUCCCGAAAAAAUAAUACUUAAACCAGUUUCAUUCGCUCAAAAAGCCGAGAUUCUCUGGUUUUUCGAUAUUAAUGAUGCCUGAUAUUCUUCAUUGAGUCAUUUAUUUUCUGUUUAGAUAUUGUGCUGCAUAUAAUGACUUAAUUGGGACCGCUUCCUCUAACCGGUGUAUCUUGAAUAAUUAUUCAGUGUGGUUGUCUCAGGCUGAUUAGUAGGCCCCAACUGGACCGAGUUAGAAGCAGCAAUGGACAGGGAAUCUUAAUGGACACCUUGGUGUUUUCGUUCUUUCAAACAGGGCAUUUCACACGCCACUUUUAGAAAUUGCUUUUCUAACCAAUGUGGAACCUAUACGUUGUGCACCCAGGGCAGCCUCAUUUUAAAACCCCCCUGACCGAAGUUCAAGCCUUGCACACAGCACGCAAUUUAGGCCCACAAAAGGGAAAGAUAAGGAUGCAUGCCGAAUCUAAUGGCAUUACUAAUUUCCUGACAUUUCCUCCCACUGCGAAUGACCAUUACAUAUUUAUAAAACUGGCAAUUCGACAAUGAAACAGCACAGGGCCUUCAAACGGGAUAGGGGGGGGGUGACUCAGUUGUUCCAAAAAUAAAAUUUAACAAUGAGGAAAAUAAAACACUCACUAGAAAACCAGUUUCUGUCCUCAAAAUUUAUUUCGCACGUUCUUGCGCACAUGUCACAAAAUUUUAUUCAAGAAACAUCUAGCAUUUGGCCUCCCAACUCACCCGACAAAAACACUCUUUGGUGCUAGGUUCCGGAGAGCUACUGGAGGGAGUGCAGCAAGCUUGCCAACAGUAUUAAAGAUUCAUCGAGACCUUCUACCGGCGGCCUUAUGAUCAGCAUAAAUAAAAAUCAUCUGGUAAAUGCACUUAGUCUUCUCAAAAGCCGCCUUGUGGCUGCAAGUAGGAGUUGAAGUCGUUUUAUGAAAUAAUGUUUUGUGACCUGCGUCAGCAUCUGUGUAUAAAAUUCUAUGAAUAUGUACCGGUUUUUACACUUAAACGGGUCCGUGGCUCAAUGCCAGGACGUCGGACUUGAAAUCGUGCGGUGAGCAACGAACCUGGCUUCAAACAUCGGGCCCUGAAAAGAUGGGGUCGGACAUGGUUAACUGACGACGUCCGAAAAGCAGAAACGUUCGCCCCAGUCUCACUUGCAUUUAUUGGCACUUCUCCUUCUAUAUAUAGGUAUUGCCGUCCUGUGACUGCCUGAAAUGGCUCGAAAUUGAGCUCUAGGACGUAACAGAAUGAACACUUACCGUAAUCCGAUCGGUGAACGCACUUUUCACGAUACUUAGUUUUCGGGUAGGUGUCGCACCCUGGACAUAAAAUGCAGUGAGAGUAGACCAGACAUGCAAGUGGGCCUGGCGUGGAUGGGGGAUGGUGAGGCAGACGAGCGCUUGCGCAUCCUUCUCUUUUGGCUGCCUGGGGCUAUUUUCUCACUAAACGGUUACUUUAUAGGUACACAGUGAUUGUUCGCAGUUAAACAGGAGAUCGCAAAGAUAAGGACGCCAUUAACUUUUGAACAUUUACCUGGUCCAAAUUUAUGCCAGGGAAAAUGUUUAAAUUGGGCUGAACGGGGAUCAUGAGAACAAAGUAGACCAUUCCUAUGUUUUCAAAGAUGUUGGAAAGUUCUACAUGUGUUCCAUCGACCUGCAUGUGCAUGGUACACUCAGUGUUGGAGUAGCCAGUGGACCACCAAGUAUCAGCUACUGAAGGCUCCUGCAGUUUUCCAAGUCGCUGAUGAUCAGACGAGGCAAAUUACACACACUUCUGAUGACCCGCCUUUGGGAGAAUGGGAAGAACACUAUUUUGGAUGCAUGGGUACUGCAACCGACAAGUCGGUAUCCCAAAGUAACGCGUACGUCAAAUCAGAAUGAAAAACGCAGUUGGGUUUUCGUGCGGUACUAUUUACAAAUAAUCAGGAAGAAACAACGUGAAAACCUCGACACUGGAUACACGUAUACAACAAAUGAGUCGGUCGGUUUUAACGUCGGGCUCCAGACAGCAAAAUUUGCGCUCCAAAGCGUGAGUCGCACGCGGCGUGUACAGUAGCAAUUACAAGUUAAAGGAGCGGACUUCGGUUUCAAAGUCAAGAAUUGAUCAAACAAACAUAUACAGUUCAGGAGAGCUAGAACGAAACAAAGAUAGGGAACAGCAUGUAAAUAGGUUAGGCAUAAGUACAUACAGCAUAAAUGUGGAUAAUUUCCAAACUAGUUCUAUAGGAGAUUACAGGUGCCGCUAUUUAAAUGCUAAAUUAGCCACACAAAUUAAACACAAUACUAAUGCUAGGGGUAGACCUGUUCAUCAAGAACUGUGAUAAAGACUGUGACCAGUACAAAAACCCUAAUUUUCACGCACUUUUAAUAUUAUACCUAGUGCCAUAAUGCUGAAUAGAUUUAAGGUAUUUCAGUAGAUAAUAGCCAGUUACAGGCCAUAUGAACUGAAAAAUUUGUUCUGCAGUCUGCAAAGAAGUUAAAGUUGUCAAGAUUCUUCUAAGUCAACAAACAGAAAGCAUACUGGAAAUCAGCAAACGUUGCAAAAUCGAGGAUUGCUGCCGACGAAGCUGGGUAAACUGAAGUCGCCAGCCCAGGACAAUUCAAUCACAGGGUGCGAACAUGUGUGAGGUUCAAGGCCGCACAAUUGCUCAGCGAGCGAGGGCAUCGACGCUGCGUUACGGGCUCAGCCCCUGUCGGCUUAAAUAGACAGUAUUCCGGCUCAUGGGAGUUGCGUGUCUCGAUCUACCCUGAUUACAAGAUAGAAGUAAAUAUUUCUGCUUCUUCUUGGAGCGGAGUGUCUACGGUCCACAGAGGCAGUGGCAUGGCGACUGGCAGUUAAUAACCGAGCAGAUUAGCCGACAAAGAUAGGAACACUGGGAGAGUCAUUUCUUUGUCACUCAGUGAUUUACCAACCCUAAAAUUCAUAUUGACCCAACUGUGAAAAACUCGACUCCUCGGUAGGGUUCGAACCCACGACAGUACGGGGUAGGCUGUAGAACAGCCAACGCUCUAACCACCUGAGCUACGAGGCCCCACCGGACGACGUGAGUUGAAUCAAAUUUGAGUCAAGUUACGCGCCCAACCUACUGCAACGUCUGGAAUCCACCAAAUGUGACAAAGUAAAUUGACUGCCCAAGCAGGAUUCCCUAAUAAAUUCAGCUGGAAUCCACCAGAUGACUACCAGAAUCACGUAAUUCAUAGAUGAUGAAUUGAUUACUGAUUGAUGAAUUAUCCAAAAUCUGCCAAAACAUCUACGACUUUCGUGAGCCUGGUAGUCAUAUGGUGGAUUCUAGGUGAAUUACUUAGGGAAUCCUGCUUGGGCAGUCAACAUACUGUAUCAGACUUCGUGGAUUCCAGACGUUGUAGUAGGUUGCGCGGGUAACUUGACGCAAAUAUGAUUAAGCUCGCGUCGUCCGGUGGGUCCUCGUGGCUCAAGUGGUUAGGGCGCUGGCUAUACCAAAGCCUUCCCCUUACUGCGUGGGUUCGAAUCCAACCGAGGCGUCAAGUUUUCCACAGUUGGUCAAUAUUAAUUAUUUAAAAUUUGACAAAACAUCUAUCAACUCUAAAAUACCCGCUCGUCGUUUGAAUACGAGUCAGUGAAUCACAGGACCAUUGUUUCCCCUGCAAAACGGUCCAGUGUCGUGUUUUCCGAGGCCGUGAAUGCUUAGUCCACAGGGAAGGGGUCCGCCGGCCUAGAAUCAGGAUAAUUGACUGCGUGCCACCUUCAUGCAAGCCCAUGAUCAUUUUCUGUCACUUUGGUGCGACAUACAAAAAUCUAGCAAGGAAUUUUUAUUAAAGACGAAAUUAGAGGUCACUGGAAACUGGUGGGUAAUAUUUUUGGCGGGCGACAGAAUUUUCUAGCGGGAAAUAAUUUACUUCUUCCCUUAAAAGAAUACGAGUUCCGGAAAUAGCGUAAAAGUUGUCAAAGGCACUCAAGAUCUUCUAAUCGGCUAUAAAAUUUUUGAAGCAAGUCACGGGAUUGCUGACAUGCAAAAUGCGCACAACUUUUGAGUGCCAACAGGCUUCUCCAUAUUAUUUAGUUGGUCGACUUUUAAGUCAUCGCAGCACUUGAAAAACGCAAUGCGCUUACCGGGCGGAUAUCUGCAUGUUUACUCAUGUUCGUAUUCACGAGACAGGCAGAGCAGCCUGUGGUGGGUUAAUAUAGACGCGCCACAGAGGACAUAGGCCCAUUUACAUCAGUGACAAAAAAUCGAUGCCAACCAUCGCGCACUCAAUGGAAGGGAAAGCCUCCCUCGGUAAGUUUCGAACGCGUCGAUCAUUGACGUUUAUCUUAGUCAUUUCCUUGCAAUAUCAAAAUCCGUGGUUUUUCAAUCAUUCGACAGUAAACUGCCUUAAGGUCUGAGGAAGCAGUCUCACUGUGUACCGGCCUGCCAGACUACAUCACCAGCUGAAGGAGUACUGCUAUGUCCUCUGUCUCCCCAGUUGUAGUCAGUUCCCAUAUCUGCUGGUUAAUGCCCGCUCCUGCCUUCGCAACAGUAGACGCACAGGUUGUUCUCCCACUUUGCUAAUACAAGAACUCUUUCAUGCAUGCAGCCUAGUAAAGACUCCACACGUUUCUGCUCUUUGGUUCUUAUGACAGAUUGUCCACAUUGGCAGAAAAGUGCAGGGUGACCCUAGAGGAAUAACUAAAAUUGCAGAAAACUGUGUGUCCUGUUGUCGGUUUAUUGUGUCUUAGUGUUUGGAGAGUUAACGGAGGACUACUUUUGUCCUUUAGUAGCUUUAAACUGCAAAAAAGAUCUUGGAAAUUUGCAUGAUGUCAGAAGCAGCAGCGCCCUUUCAAUAAGCAGGUUUCAGGAAAAUGCUCAAUCUGAUCUUCCACCUUAAAGACUGUUGUCCAUUCAAGUUCUAUGCUCCAUAAAAAUGUCGAUUUAGAAGGUUCAGGUGAUGCCCAGUCACUGGCAGAUUGCUUUAUUUUGCAAGAGCGUUGUCUCUCCUAAUGUAUUCAUUGAGAAAAUUUGAACAAAGUAAAGUUUUCAAAUGAGGCAGGAAUUCUGGUACCGCGGAAAUUCAUAGAAGCCGCAAUGUUUGGAGAAAACGGAUUGCGCUGUUGGUUUUACACUUUCCUGGUAGCCAGCAGGUGAUAAUUUAUUCUAUCUUGUCUUCACGUACCGCAGGAUUGUUUCACUGACUCCGUUGUGUGGCCAGUGUUGUCCUUAAGUUAAGAUUUCUCUAAUUUUAGAAUUUUAACAAGUCAGUAAAAUGAUAUGACAACUAGGCAACGACCGUAUACAGGCGAACAGUUCUGAGAAUUUGAUAGCAUCUUUAAAAUCUUGCUUCUCUCGCGCUCUUCGAUUUAUCCCUAAUAAAUUUUGCGGCUAAUCGAAAAAUAAGAACAAAUGCGCAUGAGACGAUAGAAGAAAACGAAGCCCUUCUUCGACCUGUCCUUGGUUUGCUCAAAUUGGGGAGCUGCUUAACGGACUGCGAUAAUUUUCGCAUUACCUCACAGUCGACGAACAAAUCUGACGUUCGAAGCACCCUUAAGACCCGAUGCCCUGCCAGUAACGACGGUAAGGAUAUAUAUGAAAAGGUCGUAUUAAACCUUAUAAAGAUACAAAAACGACCAAUAAAAUCCCUAUAGACGCUUUUUCAGUUCUGCUUUAUAUAUAUGAAAAACCAUACGCCAUGAAUUGAGCGAAAUCCUGUGACCACACAGGAUGACUUUCCUAGUCACCACUGAGUAAGAGUGCGGUAAGUACUUAUCUGUGGCCUUUUUGCUGUCCUUAGCUAACUAAGGUUACGAGAAAGAAGGCAAAACAUCACCUGACUGCUCAUAAACGCAACGUAAAACGAAAACAGAACAUCGAAGGCAGAUUAGACUGGUUCCCCCAUCUGCACCAAUCAGAGGGUAACCGGCGGUGCGCGAAUUUGCACUCGGGAACCUUUUCAGCUGAGCACUUUUGCUUGAAACGUGUUUGAAAUCGGCAGCAUCGGCAUUAGUGAAAUAACUAAGUGAUAUGGAAAUACAGGGAUUGCAGAAAAAUUUCUUGAAGAUUUACAAUGAAUUGGAUACUGGUGCAAAGGGCAGGGUGACAAUCAAGGCGCUCAGAGCGUACGCGGAAAAGAAUGAUCUCUCGGACGCUUUUUUGCAAGUAAGUGGGUGCAGGUGGAGCUCAAUGGAGGGUCAGCCUUGGGAGGUAACCCCCGACUGCAAACACUGUUCUUGCGUCAGAGACGUCUUGGAAGGCCCGAAAUUGCCGUUUUAGGUCUUAAGAAUUAGUGGGCCCUAAUAUCGAGUUCAGAAGAACAAUCAAAUGAAAGUUGCAUAAAUCUGUCUUUCUUGCUAAAUUUACAAACUAGUUGAACCCAUUUCACGUAGUUUGGUCAUAUCUUUCCAAUUAUUCCUUUCUUACGCUGGGCUUUGAAACAACCUUCUCCACCCUGACAUUUUAUGACAAGCGUUCAUUGAUUCGUUUUUCCCCUAGGAGGAUGUGCCUCCACCUGGUCAAUGGAUAAUCCCGCCAGGCGCAUGCGAAAUCGAGCAGAAAACCUAAGCGACCUAGUCUAAGUCGAGCUAAUUUUAGAGAGCAGCAGCGGGCGAGGGUAGCCCAGGUCUGCUACGAGCUACCACCACUGUUGAAUCCCCACAAGACUGUUAGUUCCCUAACAUGCCAAUCUGUUUAGAUGCGAAACGUGCAGCAUUUUCACAGGACUCCUGCGCAUUCCCCUCUAAAUUAGGAGACUUAGUUACAUCGAUUUUCAUGGAUCCUUGGCCUUUUAAUGUAUGUUUGCUUGGAGAUUUCUAUUGUUUAUUUUUCAGAAAUGGAUCUCUCUGUUUGACGACAAACGUACAGGCAGUUUCACCUACGAGCAUUUUUGCGAGGUGAUCGGUCUUACCAAGAAACCACCAGCGUAAGUAUUGCUUUAAUCUUGUUUUUUUUGGUUUGCCCGAUGUUUACGGUCACUUGAAUGGGGGACAAGUUCCUUGUCCCGGUGAUCGUAAACGUCCAGCAUCCGCACUAUUAAUCACAGAGACAUCGGGGAUCUUACUUCUGAAUCCAUUCUACUUGAGGUGCGAAAUUCUGAUCCCAAAAUUUGCUGCCAGGGUAGCCUUAAUUAAACGCUUAAUACAUACUAGUGUUUACCGUUCCUUGAAGACUGAAGAAAAAGAAAUACAUCUCAGUCUCACGUUAUUUUUAAUGUUAGCAAAAACGUGUGACUUAUAUUUGUGCACCCCGUCAGUACAGUCGUCUUUGUCGUCGUGGGUGUCGUCGUCGACGAUAACAAUCACUGCGACUUGGGCGUGCAGAUGAUUGUUUCAAAAAAAGAACAUAUACUUUACCUGACGCAUUUUCCUAGAAGAAAAAGUACUUGCGUUUACAACCAGUGACCGGUCUCAUGAAAUGUUAGCCAAAAUUCUGGGAUGAGCUUUCGAUUGGGAAAAAUUACUUAGAUGAGGUUGUAGCAUUGAUCAUCAUGCGGUAUGAUCGCGGGAUAUUUCAGAAUCACCAGAAUCUUGACAGUACUCUAGCGCUUGGUAGCAGUAAACGUUUGAAUUCCAUAGGAGAGAGUUUCAAAGGUUUCCUGCCUGUUUACACAUUGUUUGGAAAUCGGUCUUAGGGGGCAUCGAUCGAAGGCAAUCCUUUGGUUGAGGCUGACUACAAUCAACAGCGACAUUUUCGACCCGACUUUUAAGAAUAACCAACAAUAUUCGGACUGGCUAGGUGGAAUAUUAAUUAUAGUAUUGAAUUAAGCGAGGCUGACGUCUCUGUGUAAGAGUUAAGUUUAAAGAGGUGAUUAUAUUGACCAUUUUAUGCAAAACUGUCAGCCAAACAGCGGAGCAGCGAAACUCAUAAUGACUUACAGUAGGUGGGUUAACUCAUGAAAUGUCAACCGAAAUUCCGAAAUGCGUCUUCGUUCCGAAAAGAUUAGUUAAAUAGGCUUGUAAAACUAAUCAUCAUGCAGCAUAAUUCUAUAAUAAUACAGUUACCUUAGAAUUCCGGCUUUCGAACGAACAUUUUACCAGCUGCUUGCAAAAACCACACUUUGCAUAAAAUGACUACUUAAGUAGCAUGCAUUUUUCUCACUGAUUCCCGAUGAGCUUAGAAGUUCAACUGUACUUCAUAGAAAAAAUGCAUAAAUAUCUGUUCUUUCGCCCAUUCGAUAGAAAAUUAGGUUUUCUUCCAAUUUUGUGUUCGACUAAAUUGCAUAAUUAGGUUUUAAAAUGCUUAUUAUUGUGAGAUUUUUUUAAGAGCGUGAAAUUGUCGUUCACAAAACGUCAUGCCUCUGCAUUUACCAAUGUGGCUUGUAAAGAUAACAAUAUGGCUCAACUGCACUGUUGAAUUUUAUGAACCCCUAUAGUCUCCUCUAAACACCGUAGAGAAAUGCAUGGUUUUUCUUACACGAAAAAGACCCAGCUUGCAAUUUGGAAACCCUUAAUGCAAUUUUAACGGCAGGUCGGGUUCCAAAUUAUUGGAAAGGUUUUUAAAGACCAAAUUACACCCUUCCUUCUAGCACUAAAUUAAAAUAAGACGUUAUUUUCUAUUGAGUGGGCGAAAACUGAAUAUGUUUGUGCCUGUCUUCAAUGAAAUACAAUGGAAUUUCCAAGGGCAUCGAAAAUCAAUGAGACAAAUGCGUGCCACUUAAUUAGCCAUUUUGUGCAGUGUAGUUUUUGCAUGCAUCCGGUAAGAAGUUCGUUCAAAAGCCUGCAUCCUGAGGUAACUGAAUUAUUAUGGUAUUGCACUGCAUGAUGAUUAGUGUUACAUGCCUACUUAAUCGUUUCGGAAUUUCGGUUGACAUUUCAUGAGUUAGCCCACCUACUGUACCUUGCCAGCAGAGUCCUGCAAUCUGCAGAUAUAACUGUCAGCUUAAGGUUAAAAUCAUAAGAAAAGAGAGUGAAUUCAGAUUUUCCCCAAGAAAGGCGUGAUCUGAAUGUACUGCUAUUUUCAGUUUAUAUUGCCUACGGUUUCAGAUGCCACUUAUAUUUUAACAGGAGUCUAUCCAUAUCUGACAAAAGAAAUGUUUCUGCCGGAGGUAUCCUUCAAAUCCUUAUUCGUACUGGCCGACUAAUCGUGUAAUGUUUUCUUAGGGAGACCGAAGAAACCUUUACUACUAGAUAGGGGGAACAAACUGAAUUUUGUGUAGAAUAAACUCGAAAAUCUUGCUUGAGUAAUUUGUAAUUUCUUCGUAUGUUGAGCAGUCCUUUUUGAAAACAAGUUUGCUAGUACAUACAGGGUCCUUUUUUGGAAAAAUAAAUAGACGGUCUAGAAGCUUUAUGACAAGCGCGGACUGACUUUCAAAAUGUAAGGAUAGCUAAGAGCAUAUUCCGUAGUUGAUGACCAAAUGUGUUAAACGUAUAAACAGAAUUUAACAGAAUAGAGAGGAGGGUGAUAGUCCUUUACGGGCAGGAAUUAUCCAACAAAAGUGCUCCCAAGCGAGGACGUGACAAAUAUAACCACUUUGGGACUAGUUUAAAUCGUUUUUCAGACACGGCACACAGUUGUCAAAUGUCAACUUAACGUUACGGCGGUUAGUGGCAAAUACUGAACUUAAUUAUUAUGGUAAAAAGUCGCAAAGACCGCCGGGAGUUACUUGGGUACGAAAGCGACCGAACUUUCCACCGUAGCAAAUAAGCUACAGCAACCUUGACUUCUUUGGAAAAGGAGUGCCAGUGUCAGUUAGCCGGACAAAGCUUUCAGCAAAGUCCACUCAUUAAAAGUCCGUUCAUAAAUUGAAUGUUCCCUUUUUACACCGAUUAGGUAGUCACAGGCCUGGUCGUUACCAUAGAAUACCAAUAUUUUUCAGUUUUUUCGUUGGAAGUUUUAUGCGUCCCCGAAAGCAACAAGAAGAGUUAAUUUCUUCCACAUAUGCACAAAUGUAGUUAGUUCGUUUAACUUUUCUUUGAAAAUAUAUUUUGUACAGGAUAAUCAGGAAACAUUUGAAUAUUUUUCCACAUUAUCCGGUCUCUAUUUGACUAUGACAUCCCCGUUAGUAUUAACAAAGGCAACGACGUUAACGGAAAAACAGUUGAAAUGCAGUACUAGAAAAUGAUAUUAUUGUAUUGCCGAUAUGUUAUUUUAAAAGCGACUUAUACUCAGCCGGGCUCCUUUUCAGCAAACCCUCGCUACUGCUCGCAGUAAGAUAAGAUAUGCAUAAGAAAGUAUGGAUUCUAUUGGAACAUAUCUAAUUUUUAAACGGUAUCUGCCUGUGACUGUGCAAACAAUCUCAGGUCUGGUUGUAGACAAAGUCAUGUCACUGUCUCCGUAGGAAUUUUAGACAUAAAUUGCACCUAUAUAAAACUGCAAAUUCAGCCAACUGGAGAGCUAUAUUAUAUCGUUUCUAAUUCUUGUAAUUUGCAGGGUGCAGUGGAAAAAAGACAGUACAUAAAAUGACAAAAAGUUGGACGUUAAUAAUUUUCAAACUUUAUCAAAUUGAUGGACGUUUUGGCAGAUUUAAAUGGUUCAUUUGACGUAACUGUGAAAAACCCGACGGUCUCGGUAGAAUUUGAACCCACGACAGAAAAAGUGGGAUUUAAAUACAACCAUCGCCCUACUCAACGCUGUAUAAAUGUCUUGCCCUUUCUGUCGUGUGUUCGAAUCCCACAAAGGCUGCCGAGGUUUUCACGACUGAGUCAAAUGAAUGAUUUGUAACAAUAGAAAAAGCAUACUGAAUAACGGAGAAGACCCAACAAGCUGGAUUUCUUUGAGGCUAAAAUGCAUUGGCCUAAAUAAAUUAAUUGUUACUUGCCACUUACUGUUCACAUAAGCUAAAUAUAUGCAGUGUAUCUUUCCUGAAGUGCUGAAAAGAAGCUUCGUUACUUUUAUUUUGAAGGCUAACAUUUGUUAUUAAAUCAUUACCGGAGGAAGUUACCCUUUCGUUCUUUAGUAAAAUGGCCAAGAAAAUCUGUUAAGAAAACGAAAGAUCAGAUUUUGCGUAACCAAAAGCUCAAACGCACUUCUGCAAUGUCAAAUUACUAGGGGCACGAGGAAUCCGAAGAAAAUGUUUGGGUUCAACAACAGAGUUCGCGGUCAGUGCAAAGGAUUAAUAAGUGCUGUAAAACCUGACUACAGAUAAGUGCGGCAUACCCGCCCGCAGCUCAAAUUUAGACGCAUUGCUUGCUUGAGAAGUAGAUGAAGACUGAAAUGUGCAGGAGUGAAGGCACCGAGCUUUACAAUCUGUUGCGGUUUAACAAUAGGUCACUUUGCGAGGCACAAAAUAUAUUUUCACGUCAAAAGAUGGGCAGUCACUUAAGGCCGUACGUAAGGGAAGUUUAGCUAAAUUCCCUCAUUUGACAGUCCAUUCUUAUCCACCAGUUAGAGAGAUCUGAUAAGCGAGAACAUACAGCACUGAAUUCCUUGAUACGGCGUUGUCCCGUGAAUCCGGGAGAGUAAGAAAGUUAGCUAUGAAUCAGCAUAGUUAUUUCUUUUCACAUAGAUCCCCAGCGCCUGUACCGCAGCCCACGAAGGAUUGCAAAUGUCUCGGAGGCCCAAUGAAAGAUCCUAUGAAAUCCCGACUCAUGGAAAUUGUCAAACGAGAGUGGAAAGACGAGGACGCGAGUGGUUCCGUGCACCAGACGUUGAUGCAGCUCGAUCGGGAGUAUGGUCUAGGCUGGCGGAGUCGUACAUUUGAGGACGAAAAAAACAUUCCAAAAGUUGACCACAUCAAAGAAAACUGGAUCGCCGUCACUCCCGACGGAGGACGGCACAAGUACGUCAUCUGGCAGCAGAAGAUCAAAAAGUCAGGUGGUUGCUGUGCGUGUUUCGUCUAGGUUAGAAUGUUCCACUACCUCCUCUAUCAGUACCCUUCACGCCGCAACUUCCCUUCUCGUUCCAACGAGCAAGAGUCAGAGAAGUGGAAAAUGUGACUCCGUUUUCAUCUGCAUCUUCGUCUUCCCCAAAAGCCUCUUCUUUUCCUUUUGAAUGUAUGUCUUUUCAUGAUCAGUAUCCGACUGAACUCUUGCUUCUUUUGGUUCGGCCAGCUCCAACUUCUGAACCACGUGCGUUCUUACUUUGUUUAAUUCUGUACAACAGCAGACAAAAAGCUCCUCAAAUUUUGCUAUUCACUGUUUUGAUUCAUGUUUGUUCUUUUGUCUGUCUCACUGGUUCAAAGCAAGCCCAAGGGUUAAGUCGAAUCAAAGCUUAUUUCUGGCUACGUUUAGAUGCAAUUUUAUGACUAGCUGUAUCUUCAUCGUUUUUAGCCGGUGUUUCUGUACAGAUCACGAGCGGGUGCAUGUAUGGCCAAAAAUAUAGAACAGAUCGCUUCACUCUGAAGCAUGUGGAUGGGACCAUAAAACAGCAAAGGUACCUGCGAUGAUUUUCGUUGUUGCUGUCCAAGCACAGGCAAACAGAAGCGGCUGUGCUAUUCGUGCAGAGCAUAUUACCGGAUAUUUUGGUGUUAACCGUCUUUCCCCGAUCGAACCCAUAGCACAAUACUGGUUCAUGGGUCAAAAGCAGAAUGCACACAGGGGUGGUGUCGUGUCUGUAAGUGCUAUGUUCCACUAGAAGUCUAGUCCCAUGAUGAAACGGAUGAAAUUCUCGCCUUGGCAUUGCAUUAGUAUGUGCACGCUUGAUAGGGCAGGGCACUUUUUUCCCAAUCCUCGACCGCACAGAUGACACUGACCUGAUUGUAAACAUUUCAUGGUUUGCGUGAUCACAAAAAGUUGCAUUUAAGCAAAACCGUGAGGAAAGCAAAUUAUCGCUCACAGGGUUCUUAGCUUAAGAGGUUUCCCGCACUUUAUCGAAAGGUGUCCCAUUUGCUAACCAUCUUUACGCCUUCCCAUGCGUAGCCAUGUUACUGAAACCAAGUCUAAGACAGAAGUCCAUUGGCUGACGUCAUUCGUUCGAAAAUUUUACCAAAAGGUGCUACGUUUCUGGCAUGUUCUCGUUAGUUUUUGGUGAUGGUAAAAUAUAUACAGCUUAUGCGAGGUACAACAAGCUUAACAAUAAAAUGCGCCAAAAGAAAUCAGUAUGUCAUACGAACUCAGGAUUUACCUCUUUUGCUGGUGGAGUUUUGACGAGUACGUUUUUGAAAUCACUUAGUUGACACAACCGUUCAAAUCAUCCUCAUCCAUGUUUGCGACUUUCUGACAAACUUUUUUAAAAGACACAUGCUUUUUGAAGACAAAUGAAAAAAAGUAGCCAAAUGCGUCAGAAUGUACUCAUGUUUCAAGCUUUCAAACCAAAACUCUCUUUAAUUGUAUUUAUACUCAUCCCGGUAUCUGGAAUACGUGUAAUUUAUGUACCGUAGACUACUGGGUAUGCGGUGUUCAUGGUAGAUCCAGUUACUUCUUAUGAAACCGUUAUCGCAAAGACCUUUUCCCAUCGGAAUGCCUUCACUAGAGUGCGUGACCGGCCUAAACACCACCAAACCCCUCCUGAAAAUCACAUAUUCUCUCAGUGCGGAAUGACAAAUUGCUGCUCCGUUAGAUCAAAGUCGGGGACCUAUUCCUCUUGCCAGCGGAGAAUUUUUGCCGCAAGAAACAUUGGGGUAUUUAAUUUCUCUUGAGUGCUUUCCAUCUAAAUAAUAGGCCCCUCAGAGUAGGUCAUUACAUUUUGGGGUCCAUCCGAGUUAUUGGAGAAAUAGAAAAUUAACACAACUUCGUCGCUACCUUUAUGAUAAACCAUCACUCGUGGCAGCACUUUCUCGCUUCAUAAGUAGAAACGCUUUGUUUUUUUUGUGAAUGACUUUUGUAGAAUACCCAAGUCCCCGCGGGCAAAACUUUAAAAAGCUUACCCUCGUGACACGACUGUGACACCGUAGGUCAGAUAUUGGGGUUUUAUGCCCGAACAUCGGUCACUUUCCUACGUUAUUGUCGCCUUUGUCUGUCAAAGACGACAGCCGCAGAUUACAUAAGGCUUAUAGAGGCUUUUGUGGAGACUUUGAUGAUCAUGAGGGUUGAGUCCUGUAACUAGUUCAGAUUUGCGCAACCACGCACUGUUGAAUACGGGCCCCAGAAGAACAUGCCGUUUUCAAGUGCCACAACUUUUCGACAGAAAGCAAGCAUAAUUUUAGUUAGAUGGCCUACUCAUUGCCAAACGUCAAGGGACUUAAUUCCAGAGUCAUGUUUUUGGCUGAAUCAACUGGACUUCGAAAACACCUGUGUUUAUUUGCCGAAGCGUCACCAGCGAGCUCUUCCAGAGCAGGCCUAUACAGUAGUAAUUUACGACGUAAGUUAGUUAACAACCUUUAACUUGUCCUUUUUUCUGUUGAAUAAUGCAUCAAAUCUUAUUUCCGGUUAAAUGACUAAUUCUUAGCUCUGUUACCUGCUAGAGGCGGGAAGAGGAAGACAGAGAAAUAGAGUAAAUCCGAUGUUAUGCAAGUUUUCUCCAUCAUAUUUAUGCUUCCAAAAAGCACCUAUUCCUUGUGCCAAGUCAGAUAGUCCUCAUUGAGUGAGACUGACAAAUUCCGUUGGCUGUUGUUUUCAUGAUGUUUUUAAGGUGUCGUUGUUGAAAACUCGAAGACGGAAUUAUUAUAAUAGUUCGACGUGCUUUAGGUUCCAUUAUUUAUAGUGUCGGGGAGACGAUGUGACGAAAGCUUCAUAUCAGCACGGUCCUGAUCAGUUUAAGUCAUAGUUUGUUUCGUAUUCUUGUCAUACAUUCGAGCGGAGAGGUGCACCAGCAUCCCAGGUAGGACGCGGUGGUAACUGGCGUGUGAAUUUGUCUUAGUGAAACAGCCUCCCGCAGUACCCGUCACACUCUUUCUUCCCAACUCCAACAUAUUAAAAUGACACUACAAAGUCAAGAUGGCUGGGAACGAACGUGAACGUGCUGACUAACAAAGUCAAAAAGCCCGUCUACGUGUGUCAUACAUGUCCUGGUUCCUGACUCCGUGCCUACUAGGCUUCGGUAAAAGUGUCUAGGGUCUAACAUGAGCUAGAAUAUCAUAAAGACCACACUUUGAAAGAACUGUUGCACCUCAACCCUCGGUUCGGAGUAGGACGGGCACAUCUCGUUAUUUGUCAAUCUUUCAAUCUAUGCCUUUUAGCUCAUAGUGAUAGUUACUAAGCUCAUAUAGCCGUUUAUAUUGAGAAAAGUGGACGUUGGAUUUGGGCUGCAUCGGAAUCACUUGAUAUCCCAUCUCCCAUAAAUCUUGUCCAAUUCAAGCUGACUGGGAAGGCGGUUGGGUAUGGUGGCUGACGCGACUUAAAGUCACUGUCUAGCACGCAACCCAAAUUCGGAUCCCAAGUUAGGAUCUCCCAGAAUUGAGAGGUGCCAUAAUAGUUUCUGUAAGUAGGAAUAACUGCAGCCUAAUCCUCGUUCCAAGCAACGACUUUUAAUAUGUUUUCGUAGAAUUUACUACAGUCUGGCUCAGUAAGGCGGAGAAGGCUCAGUGAAAGCAUUACAAUAUGAGGACAUUUGAACGUCUGUUGACUCAAACUGUUUGAACUGGACGACUGGGCCCUGGCGUUGAUCCAAGAGUUAGAGGGUAGUCCAUCUGGCUGUUUUAGAUAAUUAUUUAGAGUAUAGGCAGAUGGGGCAAUGUUAUAGGUACUCCGUUCGCAGUGCACAUGGGCUAGCGCUAAUUUCCAGAGGAGUUAGGAUCGGAGUUCGUGCUGGGUUCAAGGCCAUGCUUAGAGUUAUAGCCAGAAAUGGGACACAGAAAUACGUACCUUCUAAAAUUUAGCGCAAAGCCACCUAUAGUAGAAGGGUAGUAAUUAUACCCGUGCCCACCCUAUGAGCGUCAACAGACGUUAACUACCAUGCUCUUAUUACUGUACUGUAUGUCCUACACUAAAGUAUGCUCUCGUAACUCUAUUUAAACGUAUAGUGACUACAGCUAUUCGGAAGUGAAAACAACGAGCACGCAUUCUGAGCUCAUUAUCAAUGCAUGAAACGCAGUCGUCACGAUUUCUGCACUUCUUUAGGAUCACUAUGCAUAAAGUUUGUACACCAGAGGGUGCACUUUUACAUACUGGCGAUGUAGUUUGACUGCUAAAGUCCAAAUUUCUGUCGAGCACCUUACUGGAGCAAUCGCAUCAGCAAAGUGAGCAGUGCGAAUACGCACGGGACUGAAAGGAACAUUGUUUUGGAAGAAGAUGAAGAAGAAAAAAAGAUGCGAUCACUAGAGCAAGAAGUUUACUGGCCUGACUUUUCGGAUCCUCACGCGAACCCAUUAUCAGAGACGGUCGCAGAUAAAGACACUGGGGGUACAAAGACUGCAAUAUUUAUAGUAAGUAACUGCCGUGGGACCAAAUGCGUACUUUACUUAACAGUUCUCGUGAUCACCGCUGGGAAUCGUAAUCAGGGCGACGAUGGCUCGUCAGUCCGCGUCCGAGUCGUUAAUUGCUGCAACAUCAUGCGUAUUGGAUGUUGGCGUGAUGAUAAAUCAACUACUUGGUCCGCUGUCAUCGGGAUUGUUGCUCGCCCGCGCCCUUCCCACGUGACUGAUUCCCCUGGCCAGGUAAUGUCUCAGCACCGAAUAUGGUGUCGGGAGGUCAUUGCACUUGCUGAUGAAUUGCGAGCCUGAGAACCAUGAUUCGAGCAGCUCGCGGCUCACACUCUUGUCAGCUCUUGCAAGGAUUUUAAUCUCCUGAAACUCGAAAAUAUGGUCGGAUUCCAUGGAAUGAGCCGCCACUUGAUAGCUAACGUCUUUCCUCCUCACUGCUGCUACGUGCUCAGUCCCGGCGUCUGGAGAAACCUCCCAUUUUUCCGACGUAGUUGGUCUGUCCGCAACUGCACCAGAUCCGUUUCCAGCGUGGCAGCGGGCCGUUCAGUCUCAUGAUUCGGAGCCUGAUGGUUUCUUCCAGCCUGUGUCCAACCCCAACUCCAGGUGGAGUGAGACGUCGACUGAUGGCUUACAAGACGUACCUCACUCACUGAAUAGAACCGGUUGGUUCUGGCCUCUGGUUUCGUUUGCGUACGCACUGGUUGACCAAGUUGCGCGAGCAGCCAUUAACUCUGGGUACCCAUCGAAGAUAUUGUGAUUCAGCGACCCUGUCUUCCAUUUCACUGCAACGCUCCUCAACGCGCCGCUAAAGCGCUCUUAAGCAACUGCAUUUGUGACCAGUCGGGUGGUUACUGUUGAACUUCUGUGCUUACGUCCUGUGUGUCGCUCUCCUGAACACUUUGGUCUUUAGGCCACCACGAUCUUUGCGGAAAACUAGGACAUCCAGAAAAGCUAACAGGUUGUUUCCUUCCUCCUACAUCGUAAGUUGACUGUCCGGGAAAACGGAGUUGCGGCGUUGUUUGAGUGUCUGUACCUGAUCCCGUUCGAUGACGACAAAGUUAUCGUCUACAUACAGAGCCCAAAAUUUCGGUCUGUGCUGUCGAAAAACUAACGACUACAACCGUUGUAGGACCGCCUCGGCUAUGAGUCCUAUUCCAUUUUACGUGCAUCUUGUUCAUCCUCCUGCUACAUUGUCAUUUUAUCUUGUAUUUCAGACAGAUUUGCUUUACCUUCACUCUUAACUAAAAGACCCGCUACCACAAAAGUCGGUAUUCCCGCGGAUAUUUACUCUGGAUUAAGUGUUAUUAACGAAAAUGCUUUUUAUUUCCAACGAAAUCGACCCGCGCCUUUUUAUUGCCUAUCAGUUUGUUAAAUGGUGACUGCUUUUGCCUUAAAACUGACAAUACGAUUGAUGUGCUCGACUAAAGCGAGGGUCAGAUCAAGAUCAGACAGGCGUUAUUGGGACUGCGCAUCCAAUAACACGUGCGAUUAUUGGGGAUGUGAACGCACGUCUUUGUGCGGGCCCAAGCCGGGCCAGUUGGGGUUCAAAUCGCCACCUUUCUUGUUGCGUAAAAUCCUGCUGAGUUGUACGUUGUAGACGAGGGAGUGUGAUCGUAGGCCUAGCUGCAGGUUUUCGUCUUGUUAGCCACUUGCGCCCUCUCCCGCCUCCGGUCUUCUUGACUCCGUCAUGACACCGUACCCAGGUGGGAGAGAGAGGGUGAGUGCGGUGGAUGCAAUACAAGCCUACUAUUACCAUAAAAGACUUAACGAUCAUGUCACCCUCCCUACUUUCGCUCUGCUGGGAAGCACACGAUGGAUAUUGUCGGAAAUUACGGCUGAACUUUCGGCAACCGCUGAUCGGACGCAGUCAAAAGAGUCUGCGUCUCCCUAAAAAAAACCAUAUUCACUCCUGACACGAAACGUUUCGUGCGGUUUACAGCUUUACUGCUAGGAGUCUCAGUUCCUUUUAAUCUCGUUUACAUUCAUUCCAGUCCUUGGUUCUGUAGUAAUAGCAUUCUUGUCCUUCUUCCAUUUUGCACUUUAGUUAAGCAAUUUCUUUACAAACUAUUUAGUAGAUGUGGACUGUAAGCUAGCUUUUUUUCUACACCAUAUACCCUUUACGUCAUACAAAAGUAAUUGCUUAUGCAGACAAACUUUGCAUAAAAUAACACUCUUAUACGCUCAUAAUUUGGUCCUCAAGGUUCGAUUACCGAACGACAAAGUCACCGCAUGCCGCCUAUACAACAAAAGUGAUCAAAAAGACAGUGUAGGUUAUCGCUGACUGCUUUAUCCUUAUUAUGAAUUACAGUAAUCGCGGACAUUUUUCUGCUGACACUCCUCUCUGCAAACGCGUUAAUGUCCACAGAGAGAAUUCAGAAACACUCGGAACAGUGUCCGUAAAAAACCGUGAGCACACUAUAACAAAAACGAACUCAAUGGGUCAUGGACUUUUAUUCGUGUACUUAUAGAUCAUGUCGUCCCCUUAUCAUUGGCGAUCUUACAUAAUGCUUGUAUAAUUUCGUCAUUUCUUCAAAACCACAAUACUUCGGAUGAAGGAAAUUUUAAAACUACCCGAACAAUUUUCUAGAAAUCGACUGCUGAUGUGAAAAGGAGACUCCUUUACUACCAUAACUGAGGUUCCUGAGUGAGAUUAAUGUUAGGUGGCAUACCUCUCAACUCCAGCUAUAAUAUUUUGGAGGGAAUACAUACUACUGGCGUUUUUUCAGGAGAAAUACAUGUAGUUAAAUGAUCGGUUCUAUUCGUUCCUCUCAGGUGAUUAAUUUCUCGGGAAUCGAGUUUCCAUAGGAGUCCUUUAUUAAAAAGUUCGAAGGAAGCUGUUAAGCGCCGCUUUUGGGCGCUCUAUGUUAUGCUCCAGCCAGUCAGCGGUAACGCCAGCGUUCACGUCAAAAUUUUCACCUAUCCUGCCAGCAAAUGGCUGUCGUCCACCUUUAAUCAGUAGCUCUUUGCUUGAAUUAACCAACACGCGCACACUCAUGGCUGGUUCCUGUGGGCGACUGCUCGAUGUCCGCCAAGAAUGGAGGCCUUCUUUGAUUUGUCCUUCUCCUUUCUGAGUAGAAGGCGGUUUGUCUUUCACUCGCAUCUACCUUUUCCUCCCUAGGCCUGACAGUUGCAGUAUUUGCAACACACAAACGAUGCAGCUACUGUGCAAGUUACCCCCUAGUGCUGUAGUUUUCUUUGAUAUCCAGCAUAUAUUCGACCUUGGCGUGGUCUUUGAAAUUCUAGUAACAAUAAUUAGAGUUCUUUCUGGGUUGGGUCCAUUCCCAGAAAGCUGAUAAACGACAUCUUUUUGUUUAUCGAGUUUUCUUCGUAGCACUUGUGAGCAGUUAGGCAGGCGUGACCUGUUUUUUAAGUUUCUAUUCUCGUACAUUAGUCCCGUUGAAAACUAAUAUUGCCCGUUAACUUUACUCAGCUGUGAAGAAAGGCACGAAGGCUCGCAGUAGGUCAGGCAGGACAUAAAGUCAAGGUAGGGCCUCACAUAAGCACCGUAAAAACCGGACUGGACGAGUCAGUAUCCCGAAGAAAAAUUGGAUUAAAUGAAUCAAACUGACUAAAACGCUUGGAGUCACUCAGUGCGUACUAUUUGCUUUAUAAACAACUUCUGAACUAUGAGAAAACCAAUGCGACCGACGGUCGGCCUCGAUAAAAACGAACACUGUCUUCGAUGAAAGAACGAUUUUGUAAAAGAUUAUUACUUUAAGUCGUGUGUGUACUUACACUUUCUCCCCGAAGUAGAGUGCCAUUAAGAAAGUCAAUUACUAUUGACUCAGUUCUUUGGAUAGGACGGGCGUAUACUCAUCGCUUAAUUCUGGGCGGUCGCAUUACAACAUUAAUGGCCAACCCAGCGAUAUUUUACGUUUGCCUGUCUUUUCCAGGUCUACACACUGACCGGACCAAAAACAUACCACCUUCUUACUGUAAAUGAGCGUAGAUACUUACCAGGUUCGAAUCAAAAAUACCCUAAAUGUUUAAGUUAGACCCUUAUUGACUUUUUCCUGUUUGAUUGGUUAUUCGCAAGCCAUGAAGAAUCGAAGAAUAGAUGAGGUGAACAUUAGGCCGAUAUAAUCUCUCAUGUCGACAUUCGCCAAGUGAAUUAGGGCUAAUUUCAAGCUUAGUCAGUUAAUGCCUUCUGAACACCACAAUUCACACGCACUGUGAUCGAUACUUUAAUUUUAGCCGCGAACCGGGGAACCAAAUAAAUUAUUAAUAACCAGUUCAUUGAGUCACAACCAUGAGCUGGUAUCGGUAGCUUCAGGCUGAAAUUAGGUUGGGACGCCUAGCGCCUCAGCUGCGAUGGCAUUCAGAUCCAGAGUGUUAGUCGACGAAAUCUGAUUGAAGCUAAAUUUGACAAUUAUCAAAAUUUCCGGAAUAUUACUGCUCCGCACAGUUAUCGGCUGAUUUAGUCUUUGCGACGGUCGUAUGGCAGUCCGAAUGCCCAGCAGGGUAUCACUCUUCUUUAGGGUGAAAUUUGGUUUCAACGAAAAAAUGAUGUCUCUACUUUUCUAAACAGCACUAAUCUAUUUUUGGAAAAAUUAAUUCAGCGAUAAUCCGACCUCUAUCUAACGAAGAAUCUCAGUCGUAUGUGCCGUUAUCUGGAACGGAAAAUGGCACACUUGUUAUGACAGCCGAAGGAAGAACUGGGUUAUAAAUGUAUAUCCUGAAAAGGGUUUGAAUGCAGCAUAUUUGCACGUAUUUUUUCUCUACAAAACAUGUGGAACUCUGUUGUAGUAAGCAAUAGGAGGCAUUUAAACGCAUGUUUUUUCUUGAAUGCGAAUAGCAGGCUGAGCCUACAGUAUAACCAAAUUCAUACACUACGAACUGGCUAACCUAGAAAAUCAAACGCUCUUCUUAGUUGGUCGGUUUUCCAAUCCAUUUUGAGGGAUUCUUUUUCAUAAUGCUUUGCCCAAUUAAACGCAACAAUCUUCUUUUAUUAUUUUUGUGCCAAACAUUCCAGGCUUGAUAAACAGACAACCCAACAAGCGCGAUCUAUGGACUUCCCUAUUUUAAGGCUUUCAAUAGCAAAAAGAAUGUUCGAGAGGAAUUCGUUGUUCUUUUUAACAGGAAAUCAGUUUUCACUUAGUCCGUUGACCAGAGGUCCACUCAUACUUAGCACACUGGGACUUGGCAACCGGAUGACUCUGUAAAACCCAGAAACUAUAUUCGGAUGAUCAUUUAUUAGAAGAACUACCAGGAAUUAUGAAUAAUUUUUGCACCAUUUUAAUGGUUUGGGGUUGCCUUCGUGAUCAUCAGAUGUUCAGCGUGGUCUGUGUAUACAGGAGGGUUAAAGCAAUGGGCAAAAUCUGCGGUUAAAGAUAAUUAUCGGCACCAUCCCUUUCCCUGGAUGUUACCUCGACUUCUUUCUCCGCUAGGGUUCGGUUAACAGAUAAAUUUAUGUAUUUGGUUUGAUGAUAAGGCUGGAGUGAUUCUUAGAGUUCCAGUUAAGCUAUGCAAUCAGCUCGCUAUUUGCAGCUGUGUUUUUGCCAUUUUGUUUUCCCCAAUAUGCGAAAGCUGGGUAAACAGUUUCUAGGAAGUAACGUAAGGCUCCCCAACUGAAGGUAUUAAUCCAGAAGGCGAGCUCACUUCCUAAAAACGCACCUCUAGUUAGGGGACUGCUAAUGCACCUUACACCCAAACCUUCCUAUACUAUGCAGACCUGAACGCCGUUCUCACGACUGUAAAAAACGCAUUUAAUAACGUCUUGGCCCUUCGUGUCAUUAACCUAUGGUCGGUGAUCUUAACUUUUUGUCACCGAAUAUCAUAUAAUCCUAAGCCCGUUGGUGCUGCUGGUGGCAGUCAAGGUAAUUUAAGAACUGUAACCACUAUAAUAAACCUACAUUUCCUGACUCGAUAAACACAGAGGUCAGAAAGAGGCGGCAUUUUUUUCGUAAGGGGCCAGGUGUCUUGCAAGUAACGAGUCAGCCUCUAAGGUGUCUGAAAUAGCAGGUCAUUCAGGAAGUCCGUGUACUGCUAUGAUAUCUGGGUAUCGGUAAUCUGUGUCAAGGAGGCCCAUGCUUUGAAGUGGCCCUGGAAUUCAGUUAGUCAUACAGGUUGGCGUGUCCGGGGUGGUAUGAUUGGGUUUUCUAACAGAUGCGCUUUGAUAAAGGUGGACGAACAGCGUGCAGUGGAUGUAAGUGCUCGUAUGAAAUUGACAAAAAGUGCUCACAACCAUGGAGUACGAAUGUCAGUGGGACAAGAAGAGCAAUGAACAAAAGUACGAGCACACCUUAUGUAGAGAAACCGAAAAAAGUAACAUCGACAGUCUAUCAAGCGAAAAGCGGUUGAGCAGACGAAAAUUACCAAAUGAAUCGUAUUCGCGGGAUAGGAGAAAGGUUUUCUACACCAAGUAGUGUGGCACUGCGAGCCCAAACAUACCUUUUCGUAUUUUAGCUCGCCCGACCCCAUUUAUUUGCUGGUUUCCGGUGCUGCCGUUGGUGACUACAAUCAUGCUUCAUGUAAACCCCUAUCUUAGGCUAAUAGAUAUGGUGCGGCGUGCCUAAGUCCAGGCGAGCAGACGUACUUAAAACCGGUUUCCUGCAGUUGGUGACGCUUUAAUACUAGAUCGCCAUGAAUUCAGUUAGCUGUCCUCCGAAAUUACAGUAGGAAUUUGCUAGUUGCACUUUAAAUAACAAUUCCGCUAAAAGGAAAGCUCGAAAAUGUCAGAGAAAAGGAAGAAGAAUUUAAGUAACGAGAUUCAUUAUGUGGGUCUGUCAAAUGUAUUCCCGACGGUUUUCAUUUUUUAAGUUUUCGGGCUUAUGUAAAGUUGAGUGGCAACGCUGUAUAGUUCAUUUAAGCAGAGAUUGAUGCAUAAGACUCAUGAGUUGCGCUACCGUUGCAAAGAUACCGUCGGACCCUUGAGAUUCCUAAAUUUCCCAGAAAAAAAGUUUACUAUGAGUUAUGUUUUAAGCCUCCUAUUUAUCGAUAGCGUGUAUGAGAUGAUUCGGUCUAUCUGGACAUAUGAUUUAAAUUGUUUGUUAGCGGACCUGUAUGGCAGGACUGUAACAAGUACAUAAAAAGUUGUUCGAAAGGUUAGUUGGUGAGCAUACGUUUGUUUUCGAUAAAUUUUCGUCAGGCACUACAUUUAUAUGACAACAGGGUAACAAAUCAAACACGUCGAGUAAAGUUCGUUUUUAAAACAGGCGAUGUGAGUGGGGGAGGGCAGGGAGAGUUCCAUUUAGUCGACACGUUAAGCGCGGAGAUUGAAUGAGGUUUCUUGCGCGGACAAGACCGAUUUUCGAAACCUGAUUGCUAAAAGCUUCGCUGAGGUCUACAGGAUGCACGGAAACAACAACGUGUGUGAGUAAAGCGCUUUUUAUGCUCUCGGUUUUACCUUUUCCCAGCUAUGUACGGACGUGUUCCCGUAUUCUUUUGAAUAGGCACCAACUUGUACGACCAGUAUAACCUGCUCCAAAGAAGCAAGUGAAGAAGUAGAUAAGCAUAUAUGAAGUCUGAGAGGACAACACACAUCAUCUUCUCCGAAUCCUGUAGAUCCGUAGCGAAGCUUUUGAGUGAUUUCUGAGGUUCCCUCGAGUUCCAGUGAGUUUUGAAUACUCACUUAAUUUCCCAUAUAGAAUCCGAAGUAUUCGUUAUAACCUAGAAAGCGAAAAUAUAUCAAUUCUCUCAUCCCGAAGUUUGUGGAGUCUCAGUAGUUUACUCGUAAUAGUACGAUCAGCGCCGGUACAUCCUCAAAAGAUAACUCUGGUGAGAUUUCCUUUGCAUCCACAAUCUGCGCUCGUUGUAAGUGCCCUUUUAGUCAACGAUCAGCAAGUCGUACGAAAAGCGUAAUCACAGCGAAAAGUGUGAAAUAUGAGGAUGGACCAUGUGGUGGGUGCACAAAUAUUCAAAUCAAAGGGAGACAACUCGAAAACGAGUUCGCUGACUUAAGGACGCUCAUGCAGUAGAACCUUGAUGACUAGAAGGUUGCCAGCGUUAGAGUCCAAAAACAAAAGGCAGAAACAAGGUAGCAACUCAGCAAGUACAGACGCGGUUACCGGUAACAGCAAGAUAACGAUGGCACAGCCGCCGAUACGGGCAGACUCGAUUUUUACGCAAGACGACCUAAGCGAUUUUGCAAAAAUAUUACCUGUCGCGGGAGCCUCUUGCUUACUCAUCUUUCUAAAAGUGACGGGAUUUAUUUUUUUUCCAAGAGAUAAUAUAACUAGGUCACUCAGUCUAUCGUUGUCCUCCCGCUCUUGCAACCACACCGAGUGCUCUAUAGAGCACACAUUUGACUGCGAAGACAUGAACCCGUGAGUAGAGGGGAGAGGGAAACGCCAUAGCAGGAGUCUGAAGUCACAGCCAGCCCUGAUAGGUUGCUCGGGACAGUCGGUAGAAAGCAAAAGUGUGCGUCCAAGCGACGACUCUGUAAAUCGUCCUCGCCCCCAUGCAGCGAAUUCAUUGGAAAGAAAAAGUAAGGAUGACCAUGCUCGCCAGCAGUGUCUGCUUAUUCAGGGUUUGUUGGAAUAGAAUGCAGUCACACCUGAAGAUCGUGUCUCGGAAGACCUUGCUUCUAUUCUUGGUCUGCUAAACCAAUUACUCAAGGCCGACAUGGAAAUAAAGGUCCCGAAGGCAUAGGAAAAGGAGGUUAAGACACGACAGCAGCACUUUCGGAGAACAAGGGGCAAAUGAAGUUGAUCAUCUCCAAAAAACUGACAUUAGAAACACACAUAAACAGGUUUUUUUCAACCGGACUAUUCACCAGCGGAACGGCUGAAACGCUGGGAACUUGGCUUGGAAGUAAAAUCAAGACUGAAGGGUGGCGAACACAAUCUGGAUAUCUUCAAGGGAAAGUAGUUCGGAAGUAUAUGCCAUUUCAGUGGAACCAGUCAGUAAUACAUAGAACGACGACAGCUACUCAGCUAACACAGACACCUUCGUGGAACCACCUGCUCAAGGCGACAACACAAGUGAGCCCGUAACGUCCAGUGAUCUGAAUGAAGGAACGGAUAUAAAUGGAACCCACCAGGUAACGGAAAAGCCCAGAGAAAAUGGCGUCCGAGAUAACGGAGUAAUGCUUAAAAUAGUGACAAAUGCAACGGGAAAUUCGGCUGGUGCAAAACUGAGGUGCUUGUACACGAAUGCCCAAAGCCUCAUAUCGAAACUAGACGAGCUAAAACUUUGCCUUGCCAAGCUGUCUCCAGAUGUUUUAGCAGUAACCAAGACCUGGCUGUCCGGGAAUAUUAGCGAUAGCGAAGUAGCAUCGCCUGGAUACCAAAUUUAUCAGAGGGACAGGGAACAUCGUCAAGGUGGUGGUAUUGUAGUGUAUGUGAAUGAGGGCUUGACAGUGUCGGAAAACACCACCAUGUUUGCGUGCGGCACGGUAGCUAUUAAGUUGACCAUCAAGGCUACCGGUUCCCCGUGUCUGGAUGUCCUCACUAUCUACCGACCAUCCAGGACAGAUCAUAUCGCCGACACUCUACUAUUGGAGCAGUUGGUGAAAUUUUACAGUCGCCCUAACAUCAUGAUCAUGGUUGACUUCAACGCACCAGAAACAAACAGGAAUACCCUCCAAGCGUGAGGUCCAAAAUCGGCAUUCAAUUACCGUCUGCUGAACAAAACAUUAAAAGCGCUCCUCACACAACAUGUAAUGUUCCCAACGAGAACACGUGAAGGACAAAGGGCAAAUUGCCUGGAUCUGCUUUUUACGAAAACACCAAACAACAUAGACGAGAUCACCUACAUGCCGCCCCUUGGCCAAAGUGAUCACGUAGUGCUUAUGUGGGAUUAUUCGUUAUUCUCCAUUUCACAUAGUCCAGACCAAAAAAGGCAGAAUGUUUGGCGAGGCGACUACAAUCAGAUGAGGGCAGACUUAUCUGGUCUCGACUGGAGCUCAUUGUUUACGGGAAAUGCCAGCGAUGACUGGGAGCUGUUCAAGAAUAUCCUUCUGCAGCUCACCAACAACCACUGCCCACUGACUAGUGUAAGACUGAACAAACGCCCUGGGUGGCUAAAUGGCAGCCUUGAGAAAGAAAUCAACAGGAAGCACAAAUCGGGGAAAAAUACUGCGUCACUAGGCAAGUUGAAUAUUCUAACACCUACAAGUCAUACAGGAACAAACUGAAAAAACUGACUGAUUGAGAUUUCACCCAAGUUUCUCAAGGAACUUGACAGUGAGUUUUCUGUGUCUUUGUUCAUGCUCUUACAAAAGUCAUUCGACACUGGAACACUUCCUAUCGAUUGGGAGCUUGCGCAUAUUACUCCGCUGUACAAAGGAGUUAGCAGGGCAGCGACGACAAAUUACAGGCCCAUAAGCUUGACAUACAUUCUCUGCAAAGUUAUGGAAAGGAUCAUAAAGAGUGAACUGAUGCAAUUCCUGGAAGUUCACAGCCUGCUAUCGAAAUGCCAACAUGGGUUCCGGAAAGGAAAGUCCUGCGCAACAAACUUGCUGCAAUCACUCCAGAGCUGGACCCGAGCUCUCGAGGACAGGCGCGCGAUUCACAUAGCCUUCAUGGACUUCCAGAAGGCGUUCGACACUGUGCCACACCAGAGGCUCUUACAUAAACUAACAAAAUAGGGAUCAGUGACAACUUCCUUAAAUGGAUCGAAAACUUACUUUUGGGUUGACACCAGGUUGUGUGCAUCGGUCCGGGGAAAUCAGAUCCUGCUAUGGUCGAGAGUGGUGUCCCCCAGGUUUCAGUAUUGGGACCCAUUUUUUCCUUAUAUACGUGGACGAUGCCGCAAGAGCUUUAGACUGCGAAGUAGCAAUGUGUGCCGAUGACAUGAAGAUAUUGAGUGUAAUUAGGGGUCCUGCCGACGAAGACAAACUGCAGGUGAACCUAAAUCGGUUGGAGGAGUGGUCAAACAGUCGGCUCCUGCGGUUUAACGUUUCCAAAAGCAACAAACUUCGCCUAGGGAACACAGCCAGAUCUGCCAGCCAAAGAGACUAAUUUCUGGGCGGUGCAGCCCUACAAGAGGUCAAAGCCCUAAACGACCUCGGUGUGCUGAUGACGAGUUCCCUAAAAGCAUCCGCCCACUGCUCGAGAGUGGCAAAAACCGCAAUGUCCGUACUGUACAACGUCAAGAGUGCGUUUAUGGACUAUGACGAAGAUGAUUUCUCAAAGACAUUCGGAACAUUCAUCCGGCCGCAUUUAGAGUACGGCAUACAAGCCUGGAGACCGUGGGCGGUUGAGGAUCAAAACUGCCUCGAAAGAGUUCAGAGGAGAGUCAGAAAGAUGGUUAGGCGGCAAAGCUCCUUUCCUUAUGCAACCCGCCUAGUAAAUCUGAACCUCUUUCCUUUGAGUUACAGGCAACUUCGCGGGGAUCCCUUGAAGCAUUCCGUAUUGUAAAGGGGUUGGAUUGCAGUCUGGCCUUCGAAGCCUUUUUUGAAUUUGCCACCAUGACCAACCUCCGAGGUCACCCGCUUAAACUGCGAACUCAGCAGGCAAGGCUGGAUGUGCGGAAGUUCUCCUUCUCUGUUCGAGUUGUCAAACCAUGGAAUUUCCUUUCCGCAGAUGUUUUGAUGUCACCAUCCAUACGAAGUUUUAAACAGAAUCUUGAUAUAUUUAUUUUUCAGAAUGACCAAGAGGUAUGAGGAGUAGUCUUCACCCCCUGUAACUCGUCCUCAUUUUGUCCUACCAUUAUGGGCGUGGUUGAACUAUUUCAGCCCAGAACAUUUAUCUGUAUACCACACAUUUUUUACGUUGCGAAUAUGGUACCCAACGGCUUACGCCUAUUUCCCUCAAUAAACUGAACUAAACUGAGCUAACCUCCGGGGACAUCCCUUCAAGCUACGUGUGCCCCAGGGUAGAUUGAAUGUGAGAAAAUACUUCUUCUCCAACUGUGUCGUGGAACCGAGCAAUAACCUGUCCGAGACGGUUAUCAUGUCUCAAUCUGUGGAAACAUUUAAAUGUCGGCUUGACAGACAUAUGUUGCAGCACCAAGCGGACUAUGUGACUUUUUAGCCAUGAGACCAGUGACAUGUGUAAAUCAAUGUCUGCAUUCACUUAAUGCUGUAAUUUAUUCACACCUUUGCUUAUUGAUCGAUUUUUAUGUGCAAAUAUGGAGUUCAGGGGCGUAAGCCUAUUUCCCUCAAAUACACCGACUGACUGAAAUGGAUGUUAUUACUAGCUUCCUAAAGAAUAUUUAGUAUCAGGUGACAUAGCCGAUUAACGUGGUGAUUGAUGCUGGUCGUGUUAGAGUGCAAAAUUUUGACGAUUUCUCGAGCCUGUUUUUUGUUUGAGAUGGCAAGAACUUCAGUUUCUUCCCAAUUGGAGCGAUGGUCGCGUUCAAGGGCGUACGCAAACACGAGUGACAAGGAGCUAGGUCGGAGGAUGGCUACUUUAUGUUCGUUUAUAAGCGUCUCAAUUUGUCGGCUUGUAUGAUUAACAUAGUCGUAAGAUCAGUUAACACACAGAAUGCGAAAGAUGAUCAUGGUUUGCUGCUGUUUGUUUAUGGGGUCUUUAACUCGGGAUAGUUUUGCACGCAGGGAGGACGCCAGCUUGUGGACAAUGAAGAUGCCAAACCGGUUUAUUUGUCAGACGAACGAUUCGGGAAUUCUCUACAUGUAGAAUGGAGAGUAGAAUUUCCGUAGUUCUGGUCCUUCAUUAAAACUAACGCCUUGUCGUUUCCUCUGAUGUCUGAGACAGUUGUCCGCAAGGCUGACCAGUGUCCGUUGAGCCGGAAUAACCGAUACAAUAAAGUUACUUCUUUCUUAUUUAGACCAGCGCUGCUGCAGUAACGGUGAUUUCGGUGGAAAUGGAUUCGGACACUGCUCAUUUUACAAGCCGCAGGAUGGUUGUUUCCGUAAUUUAGAAUGACGUCAGCAUUGGAGUCUUUUAGGUAGAGUCUCGUUGCAAGGGCGCCAUCACUUAGCGUUUGGAUACGUACGUCUAGAAACGAGAGAAUGUCUUCUGUUACCUCUUCGCGAGUAAACUGGAUAGCUGAGAAGAAGUUAUUCAGACUCUGAUGCAAUUACUUAACUUCGCAUGUCUUCAUGAUAACAAAUGUAUCAUCUACGUAUCGGAGCCACAUUUUUGACUUAUAGGUUCGCAUAACUUCCCUUUCUAGUUGUUAUAGUACCAGUUCUGCGAGUAGACCUGACACUGGCGAUCCCACUGAUGUACCCUAACCACUUGAUAAAAAUUUUCAUCUUAUUGCAAGUAGUUCUUGAGACAGAGUCUAGUCAUUUCUGAAAUGUGUCGUAUUAUAGUGCUGGUCGAAUUAUCUUUCAGGCGUCGGGUUACACUCUCAAUCGCCAGGUCAUGAGGUAUUGACAAAAACAGAGCAACCACAUCAAACGAUAGAAUACACUCACCAGGACCAACUUGGGGGCCUUGGAUCUUCUGGAGAAAUGCUUCCGAGCUUUUGAUGCUAUAUUUUGAUCCAUUAGUGAGGUGCCUCAGGGAUCUGUAAAACCGUUUAGUGAGGUUAUAGGUGGGCGACCCAAUAAGCGGCACUAUUAUCCUCAAUGGCGCUCCUUCUUUGUGUAUCGUUGGAAGACCAUAUACAUGUGCAAAUCGGGGAAUGUUGAGAGUCAUACAUCUGAAGUCAUCGGGGGUUAUAAGUGCCGGUCGAGUGAAUUUAUUCACCUUCUUUUUCACAGCGCGAUUUUAUUUUUGUGUCCUCCACGAGCGAUAGGUAUAAUUUCCUAUAGUUAAAGACUUGGCUGGCUUUAUUGACGUAACCAAUCAUUUCCAUGAUGAAAGUCACGUCAACUUAAUCAGCAGACACGAUUUGGGACAUGGCCCCUUGUCACUCGUGUUUGCGCACGCCCUUGAAUGCGACCAUCGCUCCAAUUGGGAAAAAGCUGAAGUUGUUGCCAUCUCAAACAACAAACAGGCUCGAGAAUUCCUCGAAACCUGUCACUCUAACACGACCAGCAUCAAUCGCCACGUUAAUCGGCUAUGUCAUCUGAAACUAAAUAUUCUUUAGGAAACUAGUAAUAACAUUCAUUUCGAUAAAACCCUGCACUCUAGUUGUGCGUAAGUCUAAUGUAAGGCCAUAUAAAAUAUAUAUACAACUAUAUUAGAUCAUAGUAAACAGUCGACCUAUACUCCUAUAAUUUCACACUCAAAAAACUAUAUGAUACAUGAUUCAAUAUUAUUUUGACAGCUUUGAUUGUGACUAACCAUUGAAUGUUUCUUACUCCUGGAAUAUAUUCAUCUUUUCCAGGUCUUAGUCCAGACAACUAUGGCAAGCCCUCUGAAAAACAAGAAGGAACUGUGCGACCGCCCUUUAACAGCUGGCCAGAUAGACUGAAAACCGACAACUAGAAGACACCCUGUAGCGGCCGAGGACGUCAAGGGUGACACACAGCCAAGUAACGGAAUACCGGAAAGAGAUCCGGGCUUGCGUUUAUCUCAAUACGAUUGUUACUAGGUCACGAUACUCAUAUGUACAUAAAUAAAGAAGAAACGGCCUGUGGAUAAGAAUAUAUAAUUAACAGAAAAGGGAAUUGGAAAGGUGUAGAACGAUGGUAAAAAGUGCAAACAGGAGGAGUUACAACCAUUGAGUGACCUGUCUGGGUAAAGAGGUGACACCAACAUGCAGCUAGUAAACCGGUGCGGAACGCAGCUCUGUGGGCAGCUGCAGGGAGGGGCCGAGGGAGGUGCCGAUGUGGAAAGAGGGAGAAUGGGUCGAAUGUCACGAUACGAUACGGGGAAGGGGUCGGCGGAAGUGAGAAUGAAGGGCAUCGGUCAUCUUCGCUAGCACGCGGUUAUGCCUUCUCCAUCCUAGGUCCGCGCGCCAAAAUGCGUCGCAGCACUCAAACAACCCUGCUCAGAUCAGGGGACAUUACAACCCAAAUUACAACCCAACCCAUUACAACCCAAACAUUACAAACCCAACCCAAAAACAAUUUCAAGGUCAGACCGAUAUCAAAGUUCUUCAAUUUCCAUGGAGGACAUAUUAUUUAUGCCCUUAAAGAAUACCGAACUGCACACUUCAAUUUUUAUAUUGUACAUAUCGUUCUUUUUUUAAUUCUUGUGGUUAUUUUGCUAAAGAACUCAGGUUUUUUUAAAUUAAAACAAACUCUCAAUACGUGCUCUUUUGGCUAGACAGACACCCAAAACAAAUGAAGUCAAAGUGCAGUCGAAAUAGAUGAGUUGGUUUUAGGUUUUUUUCCGGAGUUCAGAAAGGACUGACAGUGCCAAGGGAUGCUAUAAUAAACCUAUUGUGUUCUAUUCUAAUCUGGACGCUCAUUACGAAGGUCUGCGUGCCCGGUUCACUGUCUGGCACCCACUACAUACCAAAAGCUGAUAAUCCAUAGAGGGGCCAAUUUAAAAUCCCCCUAUUUUGCCACCCUCUACCCGAGACACAGCGGAUCGCAGCUACAAUCCAUAACACCUUUACGUUGGCGCACUGACCUCUGUCCCCAUGUCGGAUUGGCGAUCACUCAGUCCACUGUUUGCAGUCUCAUUGAAUCUUCAUCCCCCUACCCUCCAAGACAGGGAGCUGCAACAGCUCCCCCACCCCUCCCCCGCCCUGGAUCCCGCGUAAUUAUGUGCCCACGCCUUUCACAACUAGUUGCUUGCCUGUCAGUGGCUGUCCUGUCGCGCCAACCAAUUUACUCUGACAAUUUCGCUCCCUCCUCUGUUUAUUUCGUCCGACGAUGAGUUGGUGUUACCGGCUCGAAAAUGCACAAGCACAACUCAACUUUUUCCUACAAGCCUUCUAUCUUCAUAUACAUAUGUAGUGAGGGUCGAAGAAACAGUGGAAAGACAAUUUCAAUUUCUUUCUUAUUCAGGAAGAAUAGGGCUAUUAAGGAGAAAAAACCGUAGCCCAUGCAGUGACGACAGUCCAUAACGGGAAUUUUUGGCACGAUUAUAGUCGGAUUUUCAGUCUACACUCCUUUUUGUUGAACUGAGACUCCGUGCAGACAGGGUAUAUAGGUAAACAGUUACCCACCGCAAGCUGAAGGAUUUACUCGCUGGGAACCAGAGUGCAGAGUCCACACCUUUCCCCUCGAAAUGAGAGCAGACGAAGGCAGUAAGGACGACGUGCUCCAUUACUACAAGCGACAAAUUCGCUAGAUUCAGUAUCCCUAACUUGGGGAACAUGUUCGGAAUGCAGAAUAUGGUAAAUAGUUUGUUUCUACACAUAAUAUUUUGCAGACUUUUUAUGUUGCUGGCCAAAUCUUUUCAGAUUGAAAUCGCGAUAAUAGAAGGGAACUAACGGCAUUUAAUUGUGUGUACAAGAGAAAGAAAUAGAAAUACUUCGACGUUACCGAUACGUCGAGGGUGGUUACAAUGUAAAAAAGCCGUAAGCGGAUUAAAAGCAUGACAUCUCGGGAGCUUAAACAGCGAAGAAGCCCUUAUUAUGGUCAGACGAGAUCAGAAGGCACCAUAACUCGUGAAUGCACAACAUUCUUGAUAAGUCCAAUUUCGGUGCCCGGAGGUUAAAACACUUCAGGUAAAGCGACGCUGAACAAACUAUAAUUUCUUCCAAUCGCCAGCGUGCAGGAGACUAAAUCAAAACGAACGGUAUUCCAAGCCGGGUCUGACGUACAUUUUAUAAGGGCUGGUUCAAACUUUGCGGGUUUUAAAAUUUCAGAAUAUGAACCCGGUGCUUUGGAGACAAUCAGGACGCAGUGCUCUGCAAGACUGAGCCUCUUGAAGUAUGAUAUAAUCUGACCCUUGAUACCUCUGGGCAAAUUUAUGUCAUGGUCGCCAACAAGCAGUGGAGGCUGGUGACCUUCGCUGGUUCUUUUUGCCAAGAAAAUGAAGGGCUUAUUUUGCAGCACCACUGGACAAACUCCUGAAGGUAGUUUUUUUUAAGUUGGCGCACGACGUCGCGAUCAGAAGCUUGUAUCGACAUGCAGCUUUUGAGUCAUCAACAUACAUAAGACGCCUAUAAUUCCGAAAUAACACUGAUAUACCAUUGACAAAUAGGCAAAAUAAGUGGAAGCAAAGUAACCUACCUUGAAGGAAUCCACCCCUCACGCAUGCGGGUUUGUAGAUACCACUGAAAAUCCUUGUCUGUUUUGUGCAAACGUGCGCAUUAUAAGAUAUUAACCUCUAAACUUUGUCACCUCUUCCGAAUUAGGAAGUCUUUAGGGGAAGAAGUGCACGGUCAAAAUGAUCAAAGUUGUUAAAGUUGAUUUGGACUAUGUAAAGCGUGAAAUCGUUGCCAAUAGCACGUAAAUUAUGAUCGAAAUGUGAGGAUUUUCAUGUGCCUUAGGACAAAAUUUAGAAGGACCUAUGCUUAUUCACACCUACCCCAUUACUCUCGGCUGAGAUGCUCGGAAUAAGAGGGUAUGUAUGCUCCACAACAUCAAGCUUGUUUCCUACAUCCACUGGGGAUUGACGUUUCCCUUCGCCUUAGUUAAAAUUUCGACAUCUGCUCACGAGUCUUUAGAAUCCCUGCCACUCCUUGUGACAUCAGACGUCAUUUAUUGAAUCCAGUGAAUCUCCUGAGAAACGAACUACGAUGGAGAGACAGGCAAACUACUGCAUACCGUUGUUUGGAAACAUGGGACGGUAAUAAUGAUCGAUCCGUUGUCUUUGUUUGCAGAAAAUGCUUCAAACUUUGGACACACUUUAGCCGUCCCGACUGCUGACUACCAGGGCAGAGCAAAUGACCGCGUGACCAGAGAAACAAUCGAGGCAUGGCACACCGGUACGAUUCCAUCAACCACUCUGCAUCUCUUACCGAAUCCCACCAAGCCCUCCGAACCCAUCUCAGUGAGCAGAGGAGCAUACGGGAGUUACGACAAGACAGGAAGCCAAAUACGACUGAGUCCGCGGGGGGUACAAACGCAGCUGUAAUUCAACCCUAAUCUGAAGAAGGUGCGAUCGUAACACAGCCGAGUCAUCCACUUAUCCGGAAGGUGAGAAAACGGACGGUCGCGGUAAAACAAACGGCUCCGACGAAGAUGCUGUUGUCGCUGCCACUUGCACGGCAGGUGAGAACACAGGCAAUAGCUUGGUCAUAAAAAAUGAUUGCCUGCCUAGCAGGAGAGAUUAGAUCAAUGCGAACACGGCCGAUAACUGCUAGGGCAAGAACGUCGACUUCUGACGAGAGUUAACCCAGUUGUAACAAGAUCGUUACCACCUAUAAAUACUGUGAGGCCCGGUACAACUCUCACCUCUGACGAUGAAAGUUUAUUUGCUUUUGAAACGUCAGGGUAAAACGAUUAUGGUUCCCUAGGUCGUCUCUUCUUAUUUAUAUCCGAAGACGCGCAUCUUCGAUUCUAUCACGUAUAUAUAUAUAUAUAGGCAGAAUGGUAUUACCGACAAAGACAAGGGAGACUGGAAUGGCCAUUUCUGGCUUAUUAGCCGUCGUCAGCCAGCCAUACCCAAGCCCGAAGUGUGGAACACCCGAGCCUCGAACUCGCGACCUGUUGGUUUAGAAGUCCACGCCUCUACCCACCGGGCCAUGAGCCCGUUGCCCUAUCGGUUUUCGAUCGGGAAUAUACAAUGGUAGGGGGCGCUCACCGAUCGUUCAUACGGAACUCACUCGUUCCGUUGUGCCUUAAGGGCUCAUUCUCGAGCCCAACCAGCAGCCGCACAGCGACGCAUGAUCUAUAGGCAGAAGGGUAUUACCGACAAAGACAAGGAAGACUGGAAUGGCCCUUAAGGCACAACGGAACGAGUGAGUUCCUUAUGAACGAUCGGUGAGCGCCCCCUACCAUUAUAUAUAUAUAGAAGAUGACGGGAAGGCGAUCGCUGAGACCACUCGUUUAUUUAUCCGGCGUUUCGAACUCUCACACCGAACACGACCUCCCUCCCUCUCUCCACGAAACCAUCAGGGACGUGCAGCAGCCUGUCAUUCUGAAAGCGCCCGGAUCGAACACGAGUCCUGCUGGAAUCUACAAGCACGGUGGCCUCCAGCUCAUGGACCAUCUGGUUGGGCGAUUCCAGGAGAUAUAGAUAGAUAGAUAAUUUUUAUUAAAGACCCUUCGGGGUCCCAUCAAAGCAAGUUAAAAUAAAUUUACAUGCGAGUUUUAGACGAGGUAGGCCGAAUCUUUACAAAAUGCAAUUCAUAGUUUCCGAAUUAGAAGUCCAAUGAGAAACAUGAUGAUUGAGGGGUUAAAAAAACUCCUUACAAAAAGUUUAAAAUAAUUGGAUUGAUUUUACAGGAGAAAAAAACCCUCCAUAAAAAUAAUAACAGAAAAAAGCGAACAGAACUGGCCUGUAGGUGGCGGUAUAUAACGGAAUGUUGUCGGUCAUCGUCAGGGUAGCAAUAAAUGUCGAAUGUGGGUCAGACAGGACUGGCUUGCAUGUGGCAUUGUAUACGGGAUUAACGAUUGAGAUCGUCUGGGCCGGAUUGGUACGCCGCGUCAAAGAGGCCAGACGAUAGGAACCGAGAUGCGAUCGGCCACAGCAUGCUUCGAGCUCAGCCGAGCAGUGAGGAAGGGAGAUACGACCGAACUACUAGUAGACAGUGAAUACUGAGGGUUCCGCCGUAAGCGUCGACAGACCGCAUGAGGUCGGAAUGCGGGAGAUGACAUCAAAAACCGCGAAAAUUGUCGCUAUGGGGAGUGAUAGCAGUGGAUAUGGCGUCAAGAAGGAGUCCCGCAGGAUUUCAAGUACACCAGAAUCAGCCAUCUUUACAAGCCGUAAGGUAACCGCAGGCUCUGUAGCAAUCAUCGAGGCAUUUCCUCCCCGAACAUCGCGGGGAAGGUCUACGCUCGCAUCCUUCUCUGCCGCCUGAACAGCAACCUUGAACAAGGUCUCCUAUCGGAAAACCAGUGCAGCUUUCACUGUCAUCGUGGGACAACAGAUACGAUCUUCGCCGCCCGCCAAAUUCAGGAAAAAUGUCAGGAGAUGCGAACCCACUUCUUCUUUACCUUCCUGACUCCGAAAAAAGCCUUCAACACAGUGAAUGGUGAAGGACUGUAGGAAAUCAUUGAAAAAUUCGGUUUUCCCGAGCGGUUCACCCAAAUGAUGUGUUAGCUUCGCAAUGGCCUGAUGGAGCUAGUCACAGACAAUGGAGCUGGUUCGGAGGCAUUCGCAGAGACCAAGGGAGUGAAGUGUAGAGUCGGGUCUCUUUUCUCACGUAAGCCCGCUGCUUCUCAGUCUAAUGCCCACCAACUCGGUCAUAAUGCAAGUGGCUGUCAGGAUUCAGCUUGUUCACUUCUGCGACAUCUGACUCCCUCUUUCCCCUUACUCCUACACAUCCAUCUUACUCAAGCCACUUGGCACAUUUGCCUGCCCCAUUUGUCGUUUCGUAUCCUCCGGAUAGCCCCGCCGAGACACAUGAAAAUCCGUCUACAUCAGCUAAACCGAUAACUUCUCUUGUCCAAAUGGGUGCAUUAGGGUCUACAGUUAAGUCACCCGUGGCUUGUCGUCACAACGGUGAGACUCGAAAACUGAAUCUGACUCCGACCCAAAAGAUAGGUAGUACAGUUCCAUUUCAGGGUACACCGUCUUUUCCUGUAUCUACCAAGUCUGUUUAGCCCAGCACGUCUACAAACCCCGCAGCUGCAAUUAGGUCCCCGAAUAAUUCUCUGUCCUGCGUAUCGGUUACUUAUCAAAGUCCUACUAAAUAUUCAGCAAAUAAUUCAUACAUGAACUGCCCUAGGUCAUUUUUGUCCCAACCUAGUUCAGACUUCCCACCACUUAAGGCCAAUUGCUCUCAGGUUCGUCAACCUACCUCCUUUGACUUCCAACCUAGACCUGAUUUCCCACCCUUUUAUUCUUAUAGCUGCCUGCCCUCCCUUACUGACCUCUACUUUCCUUCUAGGCUCCCUCCUCCUCCCCUACCUCCACAAUUUAACUACCAACAAGACUAUCCAUGUUAUAACUCCCCUAGCAUUCCAAUGUUCGAAAACUAUAUCCCCACAUCCUUUAGGCCUCAUACUCAGCCUUGUCUUGCUGACUCACCGUACGUCAAUAAUUCUAGACUAACUGGUACUUAUUCUCCAAGUGCCAUUAAUUCACAGAUUACAUAUCCGUCACCAAAUUUAUUUUAAGUGCCGUCGACAAUAGCAUUGCCGUUCGAAACACAUUAGAUAUUAUAUUUUUGAAUGCCAGGUCUGUUAUAAACAAGAUGGCCCAAAUCAGAGCCAUUGAUCUCGAAAUGACUACUAAUAUUAUAUGUGUAACAGAAUCUUGGACACAUUCUCUAAUUCCUGACUCUGCCCUUCUCAUAGAUGACUUCGAUUUUUACCGUCAAGAUCGCAUGACUAGGCGUGGGGGCGGUUGUCUUCUUUAUCUUAGAUCCUACCUAAAGCACUCUCUCUAUUACUUGGAUGUUUCCUCAUUCACGAUAAACUUCUGCUUUGCAUCUGUUAUUCUCUCACCACAAAGAAAGGCAGUUAUUGGCUGUAUCUACAAUCCCCCAAAUUCUUUUGCCAGUGAGGAUUCACAACUCUGUGAAAUCUUUAAAGUAAUUUCCGAAGCUAUUUUCGAUGUUAAAAUAAUCACUGGGGAUUUUAACCUCCCUGAAAUAGACUGGGUUUCCAAUAGCUGUCUACCUAGAUUCCAGCCAUUUCAAGAUAUUGCCCAUUUUUCUAAUUUGUCCCAAAUUGUGCGCUCUCCAACAGGAGGAAAUCCCAUUUUAGAUCUAAUCUUUACGCAUGACAUUGCUCCUCUUUUUGUUGUCUUAAAACAGACCUCUUUGGCAGUGACCACGUAUUAAUUCAUUGUUGCCUACCGCUUGCCUUUUCAAAAAAUACCAGCGCCCUUUUGACUUACAUAAACUACGACUGCGUAGAUAAAGACUUAAUAAAUAACUAUAUUAGAUCUUUGGAUUGGUGUGGCUUCCUCUCCUGUAGCGAUGCAACCAUUCUUCGUAAUGUCACGUCCAAUGCUUCCAAGGACAUUCUAGAGUUUGUGCCGCGUAGAUAUCUCAAGCCUAAUUCUUCAGAUUUCCUUGUUCCUCAUUGUCUUCACAACAGACUAAAAAGUUGGGACGCAGCUGCGUGACCCAACUACUAGUUCCUUAUCAGUUCACCUUAGAGUCACAGAGAUAUUUGAGAUGGCCUCAAGGGUGCGCCAAGCGCACGACAGGCAAACAGAUUCACUUGCCCUCAGUGACUCGAACCCUGGCAAAUGCGUCGCCAACAUCUCCCGUCAUCUGUCCUCCUCUAAGCGUGGUCGCGAACAUCCACCCUUGCUAAUUGAUAACAACCUUCUCCUCAUCGAUGAGACUGACAAGGCGGAGUUUUUUUAG